UGUACACGUAAUUAAUGAACAAGAAAAUGCUGGCGUUACGGUCAGAGGACUUUCCGACAUAAAGAUGAGAAUUCGAAAUAGUCGGUCAAAUUUCUCCCAGACAACUCCACCUGAGACCACACCUAGGGCUGCUCAUCUUCAUUCACAUCAAGGUUCACAAGGUGACCGCUUUCCAGUUGAAGAAGAGAAUAGACGCAUGGGAUGGUCCUGCUUUGCAAUAAAACAACUUCCUGCUCAAGUUGCAAGGGAGGAUCUAUUGCAUGAUGAAAUGGAAACAGAAAGCAGUACAGGAAUUAGGCCUUUGAACUGUGUUGUUAAGGAGAAAGAUGCGAAACAUUGCAUGCAAAUCAAUACAAAUCCGGCCUCAGAAGGGCAGAGUGAAGGAGCAGCAGAUAAAAGGAAAGAGUUUUCUUCAUGCGCUGGCUUUCCAGGGGGUAGAGAAAGCACAACUUCUGCUGCAGAAAUUGUUCUUCCUUACACUUUUUCUCAACCAGGAGAGAAACUGCCGUUUAAGAAAAGAAAACCUUAUAACCACACACAGACUGUAGUAGAGAUGGAAAUAGAGGAAGUAGAAGAUGUCAUGCCUGAAGUAAAAGUGGAAGAUGCAAUAAUGGAAGCAAAAGGAAAAUGUGUGUCGGUAGAAGUUGAAGCAGAAGAUCAUUUAACAGAAGUUAAAGAAGAGGAUGCACCAGUUGAAGUUGAAGCGAAAGAGGCAACAGUAGAAAUGAAAGAGGAAGAUAAAUUAGUUAAAGUGGAAGUGGAAGAUGCAGUAUUAGAAGAGGAAGAUGAAAGAGCGGAAGUGGAAGAGUGUGCUACAGAAGAAGUGGAAGAAGAAGUUGCAACAAUGAUGGUAAAAGUGAAAGAUGCAACAGUGGAAGAGGAAGAUGCAAAAUUAGAAGUGGAAGAGGACAGUAUGAUGGUAGAAGUAAAGGUGGAGACAACAAAAAUGAAUGAGCUAGAUUAUUUCAAUGAAGAUGAUCUUCAGAAGACACAGAGUAUUAACUACACUGUUACUUAUGGCUGUGGGACAUAUGUGCCUUAUCUGAACUUUGAUGAAAACCAGCAGGGGCACCAAAAACAAGAAAUUGGUUUAGAAGAGACAGAAUUUGAGCCAAAUGAGAGGCCAAGAAGGGGAAGGAAAAGGAACCGAUCUGGUCAGUCAGCUAGCAGCAAUAUGCCUCUUCAUUUUGCUGGAAUUAUGAUUGCUAACACAUCGACGAGGGGAAAGCAAAAGCUAAAGAGAGGAAGGCCAAAGAGGAUGCAAGAUUAUUCAGUUCAUGGGAAUCACGGGGGGAGGCAAGAGCUAAAUAGAGGAAGGCCAAAGAGGACGCAAGAUCAUUCAGUUGAGGGGAAUCAAGGAGCGAAAAGGAGAAGAGGUCGCCCCAAGGGGAGCACACCAAACAAUAGGGAUCUCAAAAUGCCAAAGCCUAAGAGGGGAAGACCAAAGAGGGUGAAAGAUCAACCUGGCAACGAGUUAAUGUAAAAGCAUAGUGGCUGCCUCAAUGUGUUUUGUAUCAUUGUAAGAACUUUAGUGGAGUUUCCCUUUAUGUACUAAUAAGUAAGUAUUGUCUGUCUUUUAGGAUUUAUGUUUUAUGAUCUACAGCAGAAAAGACUAAAGUGGAAGCUGAAAAACUUGUUUCUGUAAUGCCUAUUUACGGAUAAUGUUCGAAAAA